UUUUUCAGAUUCUAACAUUAAAUUUAAGAAAAUAAACAUGACAAAUAAAGAAAUUUUGGAUGCUUUUAAUGAAUUGAAAGAAGAAUUUACAACAAGAUUCUCAAAUAUAGAGGGAAGACUCUCGGAUAUAGAAGGAAGACUUUCUGUUGUUGAGGCACAAAAUGCAGCAAUUCUGGAAGAAAUUGGGAAAAAGAAGGAAAAUCAAAAAGAAUUGGUGGUUACAGAAGGAAGUGUUGCUAUUGCAAAACAGCAAGGAGUAAAGCGUCUUUUGAAUUCUGAUCAAAGAAGCUUAACUUCUCUUGAUGCUUCACAAAUUGGGCAGGAGGAAAAUCACAAGAAGGAAGUGGUUACCGAAGGAAACGUUACUUUCGUAAAGCAAGGUGUGAAGCGUCGUCUUUUGACUCCUCAGCAGACAAGUUCUCUCUUAGCUGCUUUUGACGCUUCAAAGUAUGUGGAUAAGGAAAGGCUUCAAAAACUUUCGUUGGAGAAUGAUCUUGGAGAAGAUCAAAUAAAGAAGUGGUUUGACAACAAAAGAUACAGGACAAACCGUCAAUCAAAGAAUUUUUGUGACGACGAUGCUGCUGCUGUUGCUUCAACUUCUGGAAUAAAACCAAUUACUGUAAAAAAAGAAGUGUUUUCCGGCAUUAAUGUUACCAAUGGAGAACAAUCGGAAGAUAAAGAGAAUAAUGGAGGAGGAGGGCUUGUUUAA